AUGUCUGCAGCAAAGCACUACCUCACCGAUCCCACCCAUGCCGUACUUUCCUCCCUCCGUUCCCUCACCCUGACAAAUCCAUCUCUGCUGCUCGACACUCCCAACAAAAUUGUGUACCGUAACCCCUCUUCUCUCUCCCAACCUCACAACGUUUCCGUCGUUUGCGGCGGUGGUUCUGGCCAUGAACCCGGAUUCGCUGGCUUCGUAGGCGACGGUCUCCUCACUGCUUGCGUCGCCGGCACCAUUUUUGCUUCUCCAGGCGCUGAACAAGUGAGAACGUGCUUGCAGCAUAGGCUGCCGCCGGAGAGCAAAGGUGUGCUUGUGAUCGCGACGAAUUAUACAGGUGAUGUGCUGAACUUCGGCAUGGGGGUUGAAAAGGCGCGGGCGUUGGGGAGGAAGGUAGAAAUGGUAGUCGUAGGGGAUGAUGUGGGCGUCGGGCGCGCAAAAGGGGGUAAGGUUGGCCGAAGAGGUUUGUCAGGAACGGCGUUGGUGGUGAAGAUCUGCGGCGCGUUAGCUGAGCGGGGUGUUGGGCUGGAGGAUUGUGCGAGGGUGGGAAGGCUGGUGGUCCAUAACCUGGUCAGUCUGGGAGCUAGUUUGAGCAGGGUGCAUGUGCCCGGACAUGGCAUCGAAGAAGCAAGGGAAGAAGAAGAGAGAUUGGGACCAGGCCUGGUAGAGAUUGGGAUGGGAAUACACAAUGAACCUGGAUGCGAGAAAGUCAAAACAGAUUUGCCAGGCUUGGUGAAGAUCAUGCUCAGCCAAAUGCUCGAUCAAAGCGACAAAAACCGGGCAUAUGUGAGAAUGAUUAAGACCGAUGAGACAGUAUUGCUGAUCAACAACUUUGGUGGAGUGAGCAACUUGGAACUUGGCGCCAUCACAGCCGAAGUCACGACACAGCUGGAGAAUAAAUAUGAAUUGAAGCCCCGGAGAAUAAUAUCGGGAACGCUUUUUGGAAGCCUGGAUGGACCUGGCUUCAUUGUUUCCGUUCUCAGAUUGGCGGACACAGGCCUUGGCACAGGUAAGUCGUUACUCGACCUUAUAGACGCACCCGUAAAUGCGAUAGGGUGGCCGAGGUGCGUGACAGGGGAUACGUGGGAGAAGACCUAUAAGCCGGCACCAGAGAAGACCGAAGAAGAGGAAGAUGAGACAGAGCCAAGCAAUCUGAAGCUCGAUCCAACGAGUUUACGGAAGGCCUUGGAGCCUGCUCUCAAUAAGCUCAUAGCAGCCGAGGCCGAAGUUACCAGAUACGAUAGCGUCGUUGGAGACGGCGAUUGCGGUCUCGGCCUCAAACGUGGAGCGGAGGCAGUCCUCAGGGUGCUGCCUAGCUUGUCAUCCCACGAUGCCAUGAUGACUUUCGCGAAGAUUGUGCCGACUGUGGAACAGAACAUGGAUGGCACUUCUGGCGCUCUGUACGCCAUCUUCCUCAAUUCAUUGGCUUCCAACGUGAGAAGUCAGGAUUCGUCGUCGCCCACUCCAGUCACAACAGAAAUCUGGGCGAAAGCUCUUGCAAUGUCAAUCGAAGGCCUCGGCAAAUAUACCCCAGCGCAACCGGGAGAUCGGACUUUGAUGGAUGCCUUGGCUCCAUUUGUGGAUGUGCUCAAGAAGACAGGAAACGUUCAGAAAGCUGCCGAGGCUGCAAAGGAGGGCGCCGACAAGACGAAAGGAAUGAAAGCAAGUUUGGGGAGAUCUGUUUAUGUUGGUGGUACAGGAUUCGAAGAAGUACCAGAUCCAGGAGCCCAUGGACUGAGCAUAUUCCUGUCCGGCAUUGCGGGAGCCCUGUAA